GAAGUGUUGUGGGACUUAAAGGCAACGCUGGUCAAAGCGUAUACAGUGCAACCAAAGCAGGAUUAGUUGGAUUUUCACGCUCUCUUGCUAAAGAAGUAGCAAAAAAGCAAAUUCGAGUCAACGUGGUUGCUCCAGGCUUUAUUCACACAGAGAUGACUGCUCAUUUGGAAGAAGAUCAGUUGAAAAAAGGAAUUCUCCUUGGAAGAUUUGGGGAGCCUCACGAAGUUGCACAAGCUGUUGUCUUUCUCCUAGAGUCCCCGUAUGUUACAGGAAGUACUUUAGUUGUAGAUGGAGGCUUGCAGCUUAUGACUUAA